AUGCACAUCAAGGACCUCGUGAUCGAUGGCUUCAAGUCGUACGCCGAGCGCGUGGCGGUGCAGGCCUUCGACCCCCACUUCAACGCCAUCACGGGGCUCAAUGGGACCGGCAAGUCCAACAUCUUGGACGCCAUCUGCUUCGCGAUGGGCAUCAGCAACCUGUCCCAGGUCCGGGCUUCCAACUUGCAGGAACUGGUGUACAAGAACGGUCAGGCUGGGGUCACCCACGCCACGGUCUCGAUCACCUUCGACAACCGAAACAAGGGGUCUAGCCCAACGGGAUAUGCGGACAAGGACACAAUCACCGUGUCGAGACAGGUCAUCAUUGGUGGAAGAAACGUGUUUAAAAUCAACGGCCAUAAGGCGACCCCGAGUGCUGUGCAAGAUCUCUUCCGCAGCGUGAGGUUGAAUAUCAACAACCCGCACUUUCUAAUCAUGCAAGGCAGGAUCACAAAGGUUCUGAACAUGAAACCCCCAGAGAUCUUAGCCAUGCUUGAAGAGGCAGCCGGGACAAAAUUAUAUGAGGAGAAGAAGGACAGAGCAGUGAAAACUAUGGAUAAACGGGAUGCCAAAUUGAGAGAGAUUGACGAUGUUCUGCAAAUGGAUCUCCAGCCCAAUCUGGAGAAGUUGAGAAAAGAGCGGGAUGACUACCUGGCGUGCAUAAAUGCCAAGAAGAAUGUGACGUCUUUGCAACGUUUCUGUGUUGCAUACGAGUUCCGCAACUGUGAAGAGCAAGAGAAAAGUGGGGUAUUAAAAAGACAGGAGUUGCAGGACCAGAAAAACGCCUUGGAUGAUGAGAAAUCGUCAGUCCAAGACUCCCUCAAUGAGAGGGAGGCAGCUAUAAAGCAGCUCAUAUUCGAAAGGGACAGGCGUGGGGCUGGAGAACUAAAAGAACUGCAAGCCAAUGUGGAUGAGUUCUCGAAGAGGCUUGUACAGGUCACAACUGCAGCAAGCAGCAAGUUGGAGUUGCUGCAGGCCGACCGAGGCAGUCGUGAUCAGAUAGAGGUCGCUCUUGAGGAGCUCAACGAGGAUCGCAUUGAGGCAAUGGUCAGAGAAGUGGCCACAAAAGCGGAGGAGGCAAAUGAGGCAGAAACAGCUGGGCUGCAAGCUCUGGAAGGAGCGAAGAACGAGCUCAAAGGAGCUGAGGCUGGGGAUCUGCGAGAUGCAUCCAAUAGAAGCCUGAAUAAGCAGCUUGCCGAUGCAAGGACCAGACAGGUGGAGGUGGAGGGCAAUGUGAAAAUUGCAGAGAACAAAAUUGAAGCCAUCAGGAAGGUCCUUGAAGAUCAAGAACAACUGCUUUCCACAAAGAAAGAUGAGGCGGGUGCUCUUAAACGCCCACUGGAGAUGGCGCAUGCGGCAGUGACAGAAGCAGUCACUGCAAUGCAGGCACUUAACUUCGAUGACGAAGCCCAUACCAAUCUGGAGGCAGCUAAGGACCAGAGGGGAUUGCAAGUGCGAAGAUGCAGGCAGGCAGUGGACGAAGCUGCCUCCAGACUGCCAGAUCUGGACGUUCGUUACAACGAUCCCCACCCAGGUUUUGACCGUUCGAGUGUGAAGGGCACUGUGGCACGCCUGGUGAGGGUCCAUGACCCCACGACAGUGACGGCUGUGGAGGUCGCUGCAGAAGGCAGACUCUUCAAUCUGGUUGUGCAGAACGUCCACACGGCAAAGGCAAUUCUCAAGAAGGGGCAACUGAAAAAGACAGUCACCUUCAUCCCCCUCGACCAGAUCAGAUAUCGAGAACCGACUCAGAGGAUGUUGUCGGAGGUCAAACGGAUUGCUGGCCACAAUGCAAAGCCUGCUAUUGAAUGUAUUGCAUACGACAGAAGUGUGGAAGCGGCAAUGAAAUAUGCAUUUGAGAAUACCUUGAUAUGCAAGGACGCAGACACUGCAAAGUCACUUGCGUUCAAUCCUCAGAUUGGCAUGCGCUGCGUGACACUUGAGGGAGACCUGUACACUCCUACAGGCACACUCCGGGGGGGCUCACGGAACACACGAACAUCUGUGCUAGCUCGACUGCAGCAACUGCAGGAUGCCGAGCGCGAGCUCCAGCAUCAGGAACAACUGCUGAGUCAGGCGAAGGAGGAGUGGAGCAAGAAUGCUGCUCUCUCUGAGCAUUACCAGAGGUUGCAGCAAGACUUGCAGGUUAAGAAAAAACGUUUUGACCUCCUGGAGAGCCAAUACAAGAUCAGUGAGGCCCAUCAACUUGAACAGCAUGUUGCCAACAGUCGGGAAGACUUGCAGCAGGCCCAGACAUCCUUGCAGGAGGCCAGGCAGAGUCUCAGCGAUGUGAAACAAUUGCAAAAGGAUUUGGAGGAAAAAGUGGCCACAUUUGAAACAAAUCCUGUGCAGCUGAUCAAGGCUGCCCAAGGAAAGCUUAAAAGGGCGAAGGCGCAGCACGAGGAGUUGAAGAAGACAGCACAAAAGAGAGGGAAUGAACUACAAGCUGCUGUCGCCAAAAAGGAGGGAGCAGAUGUGGAGAGACAUGAGCUGAGGCAGCAGCUUGUGGAAGCGGAGGCGAAGCUGAAAGAUCUUGAGCAGGACGUCUCCCAGCUGCAGCAGGAUGCUGCACAACUGCAGAAUCAGCAUGAUGCUGCUUGUGCAGAGCUCCAGAGGAAGGGAGCUGAGCUUUCUGGCUGCGAGGAGCAAAUUGUUCAACUGAAGGCAGAAAAGGAGCAGCUCAACAGCCGUUUGACGGCUAUCAACAUCGAGAAACAGCGGGAGGCCCAGGGGCUGAAGGCCGUUGAGGACAAGAUUCGAUUGGCAUCCAAUAGGGCUCACGAGUUGAUGCAGGAGUACAAGUGGAUAGCAACAGAGAGGCGACACUUUGGCGCCCCAGGAUCCCAGUACGACUGGUACUCCACCGACCCAAAGAAGAAGCUUGCUGAGAUGAAAGAGGCACAACGUACAGUGCAGCAGCUGGACAAGAAGGUCAACAAAGCGGCGCUUACCAUGUUUGAAAGGAUGCACAAUGAGGUCGAGCAGCUUGUGGAGAAGAGGAGGAUCGUGGAGGCUGACAAGGCGAAGAUCGCAGAGGUGAUUGCACAACUCGACGAAAAGAAACAGGAAGCUGUGCAAGCGACGUGGCAGAAGGUCAACCAAGAAUUCGGGAACAUUUUCAGCACCCUGCUGCCUGGAACCAGCGCCAAGCUGGAUGCUCCUCCAGGGAUGUCCUUCCUGGAAGGUCUGCAGAUUAAGGUGGCCUUUGGAAAUGUGUGGAAGGAAUCUUUAUCAGAACUGAGUGGAGGCCAGAAGUCUCUGCUUGCCCUUUCGCUGAUGUUGGCUAUGCUGUUGUUCAAGCCUGCGCCCAUUUACAUAUUGGAUGAGGUUGACUCGGCAUUGGACUUGAGCCACACACAGAAUGUGGGGUUCAUGAUCAAGCGUUUCUUCCCUCAGAGCCAGUUCCUGAUCGUCUCCCACAAGGACGGCAUGUUUAACAAUGCCAAUGUCAUCUUCCGAACACAUUUUGUAGAUGGGGCUUCUUCGGUCGCGAGGACGGUGCCACAGCGCAGGCGGAGAUCAUCUGGUGGCGGUGCUUCCCGCCGAGCCACCCUGGGCAAAGAAAACAUAGCACAGAAUUGA